GGACCAUUUUCAUGAGAAUCCCCUGGAUGUUGGUCAAAAUGGAGAUUCCUGUGCUGUAACCUACACUGAUUUGGAAUCUCUAAGCAGAUACAAGCUUAUGUUCUUAAAAAGAAUCCUUCCUUUUGAAAAAGUCUCCGUAUCAAAAAGACGCUGAAGGAAGUACCCUGGUACAAUGGCAAAUUAUUACAAGCAAUCAUUAAACUCCAUCAUCAAGAAGUCAUUCCAAAGAGCUGGAUUACCAUUCAAAAAGAUGCUGCAGCUAAAAGCAGUAUUCCACAGGACUGUUGUUUGGAGAAAGUAUCAUGGAAGUUCUGCGUCCACAGCUUAUAAGAAUUGGUGGACGGGUUUACAGGAAGAAUCCCAUCCAAGAGCAGACUUAUCAACAUGAAGACGAAGAUGAUGACUGUUAUCAAGGUCUCGUGGAGUGUGCAGAAGAGUCCUGUGAAGGCUAUGAGGUGGUGCAGACCCCGCAAGGUUUCCGGUGUACUCUGAAGGCCCCCAGCCUGCUCUACAAGCAUAUAGUUGGAAAGAGGGGCGACACUAGGAAGAAACUAGAAGUGGAGACCAAAACUUCCAUAAGCAUUCCUAAGCCUGGACAAGAAGGAGAAAUUGUAAUCACUGGCCAGCAUCGAAGUGGUGUAAUUUCAGCCCGAACUCGGAUUGAUGUUCUUUUGCUCACUUUUAGAAGAAAGCAGCCCUUCACUCACUUCCUUGCCUUUUUCCUCAAUGAAGCUGAGGUUCAGGAGCGAUUUCUGAAGUUCCAGGAGGAAGUACUGGAGAAGUGCUCCAUGGAUCACGGGGUUGAUAGCACCAUUUUCCAGAAUCCUAAGAAGCUUCACCUAACUAUUGGGAUGUUGGUGCUUUUGAGUGAGCAAGAGAUCCAGCAGACAUGUGAGAUGCUACAGCAGUGUAAAGAGGAAUUCAUUGAUGACAUUUCUGGGGGCAAACCCCUGGAAGUAGAGAUGGCGGGGAUAGAAUACAUGAAUGAUGAUCCUGGCAUGGUGGAUGUUCUUUACGCCAAAGUCCAUAUGAAAGAUGGCUCCAACAGGCUGCAGGAAUUGGUUGAUCGAGUACUGGAACGUUUUCAGGCAUCUGGACUAAUAGUGAAAGAGUGGAAUAGUGUGAAACUCCAUGCUACAGUCAUGAAUACUCUAUUCAGGAAAGACCCCAAUGCUGAAGGCAGGUACAACCUCUACACAACAGAUGGCAAAUAUGCCUUCAAGGAAAGAGAAUCAUUUGAUGGCCGAAACAUUUUGAAGCUAUUUGAGAACUUCUGCUUUGGUACCCUAAAGCUCAAUUCAAUUCACAUCUCUCAGAGGUUCACAGUAGACAGCUUUGGAAACUAUGCCUCUUGUGGACAAAUUGACUUCUCCUGAGGUGGAUCUUGGGAAACACUGGAAACUAAACAUCCUCACAAGUUGGUUGACUCCACGGAUGUGGAACCCAUGGAUAUGGAGGGUCGACUGAACCACAUUUUGUUCAUCCAGUCUUCCAUCGAUGGACACUUGGGUUCCUUCCACUUCUUGGCUGUUGUGAAUAAUGCCCUAUGAACAUGGGUGUACAAAUAUCUGAGACCCUGCUUUCAAUUCCUUUACUACUUAGAAUUUAAACUUUAGCAAAAUAACUGGUAAAGUUUUUACCUUUUACUUUGAUCUGUCCUUUUUCUUUUGAAGUUGGUACCUUUUAUAUUUCUUAGAUUCCUGUUCCUUCACCCUACGCUAACCCUUGCCUUCCCAUGCCACUGAUGGAGCUGCAGUAUUGUAGCUCUUUUCUGUUUACUUCUCAGGGCAGCAGCAAUCAAAGCAAUGGUGAUACCAUCAGGACUAUGCAGAGUUCCCUGGGAGAGUGUCAGCCACAGAAGGCACUCACUCCUUCCUUGCUGCAGACCAGCAAAGGGAGGGAGCUCCCAGCGCAGGUUUGCCCCACCCAUCAGUCCUGCCACACUCUCUGCUGGGGAGCUCCAGCCUCACUGUUGUUACCUCUCAUCUCUACCCCCUCACAGCCUUUCUCCCUCCAUGGCCUCUCUUUUUCCUUCAUUCCUUAGUCUUAAUCUUGAUUCUUACUUUCUAU